AUGGAACAAGAAACAAGUGACUCCUACAUCUCUGCUUCCGCUUUGGGAGCUCACGCUGUGAUUUCUUCUGAUCUGAAUGAAAUGUUGUUAUUGUCUGCAUCAGACUCUGAGGAGCUUGAUGUGUAUGUUGAUGAAGAGUGGGCUGCCACAGAAUUGUCUCCUAAGGAGGAGCAAUCAGUGGCAUGUAAAGAGCCGCUGAAGUGUGAUGCAGGUUUACUGUGUGAAGCUGGAGAUGAGACGGUCACACUGCAGGAAGUGGAAGGAACCACUAUAACUCUCCAUACUGGGAUAACUGGAAUUCAGAGUGAUGCUAAGAUUCAAUGGUUUUAUGGACCUGAGAAAGCAGAGGAAACAAUAUUGUUUAGUCAGGUGUUUAAAAGAGAAACUGUUACAGAAAUCAGUGAGAGAUUUAAAGAGCGACUGCAGCUGGACAGAAUCAGUGGAGCUUUAACCAUCAGGAACAUCAGCAGAACUGAUUCUGGAGUUUAUUUAUUACAUGUCAUCGCUGGACGUCUCUCAUCUAGGACUUUCAGUGUCAGUGUUUAUGCUCCAGUAUCAGCUCCAGUAAUAAGAAAUCAAAGAGGAAACCGAAGUGUGAUUUCCACAGAGCCGUGUUUCCUCCUGUGCACUGUGGAGAAUGGAGAAGAUGUGAAGUUAUCCUGGUACAGAGAGAAUGAGAGAAUCUCCAUCACCAAUAACACAGAUCUCAGUGUUCCCCUCAAUCUCUCACUUCAAAUACAACACCAUGACGAGAACACUACCACUUACAUCUGUGUGUCUGCAAACCCUGUCAGCUAUAAAACAACUUCUCUCAGCAUCACACAGCUCUGUUAUCACAACUCAGUGUAA